AAUCAUAGAGCAACGUGUCUCUGUCAUGGCAGCUACUCCAGGUGGCAGUUUCCUGAGCACUGUCUCCAGUUGAUCACAGCAGGAAGAACCAGUGCCUCAUCUUCCUCACCCGGACGGGGGAAAUGCUGUGACAGAUGUAUUUAAAGAGACCUGCAGCUGGUCUCUCCUUCUGUCUCUUCUAUUUGGCUUCUUAUUUCACCAACAAGUAUGUCCUGUCUGUCCUGAAAUUCACCUACCCUACCCUUUUUCAAGGGUGGCAGACAUUAGUUGGUGGAUUUCUGCUCCACGUCUCCUGGAAGCUGGGCUGGGUGGAGAUCAGUUGCAGUUCAAGAUCUGAAGUAUUGACAUGGCUCCCGGCUUCAGCGCUUUUUGUGGGCAUUAUCUAUGCAGGUUCCAGGGCAUUAUCUAGAUUGCCAAUUCCUGUGUUCCUUACUGUCCACAAUGCAGCAGAAGUUAUAACCUGUGGAUUCCAGAAGUUUGUGCAGAAAGAGCAGACCUCUCUCCCAAAAAUCUGUAGUGUGCUAUUCCUCCUGAUCGCAGCAGGGUGCCUUCCUUUGUUUGACAUGCAGUUUGAUCCAGAUGGCUAUUUCUGGGCUCUAAUUCACUUGAUCUGUGUUGGGGUUUACAAAGUCAUUCACAAGUUGUGGAAAACUAGUUCCUUAAGUGAUUUAGACCAACAAUAUAUAAACUAUGUAUUCAGUGUGGUGCUUUUGGCCUCUGCAUCCCAUCCAGCAGGUGAUCUCUUCAGUGCCUUGGACUUUCCAUUUCUGUAUUUCUACAGAUUUCACAGCAGCUGCUGUGCCAGUGGACUGUUGGGAUUCUUUCUGAUGUUGCACACAGUGAAGCUAAAAAGCAUCACAUCCUCAUGGCAAUAUGCAGCCUGGAGUUUCCUUGCAAAGGUUACCACAGCUGGUUUAUCACCAUUUGUCUUUGGCAUGACUGUUAAUGUACCAACAGUUUGUUGUCUUCUGCUCGGUGGACUUGGAGAAGGCCUGCUUGUUUACACAGAAAGGAUGGGCACAUAACUGAAAACAAUGAGGAUUCCAAGCCCUCACCCCCAACUGGAAAAAACCAGCUGAAGCUCAGAAAACUCAGAAUGAAAAAAAAAUAAAGCAGCAACAGUGAGAAAGAAAAAAUGUGAUCAAACACCAGGUCCCGUCAUUCUUCUUUUGUCUUUCUUCAGAGGGAACAACAUGCUAUUAAUAGCACUGGUGAAGGAGAAGCAUAGUUGGUCUGAUGAUUACAAGCGUUUGCCUCAAAGUACAGGACGAGAGCUAUUUCUGAUAGACGCUGUAAAGGAAAAACUGUAUUGUGUCUCUAGACGGCUCAGUGUGAGAACCUUUUUCAGCAGCACCUUCUCACGCAAGGAACUGAACUCCCUCGGCUACUCUGCAGAAACAGGAAAAGUUGUGUUCUCCACUGGAUGCUCAAGAGCUGAGAGUAGGUUACACCGAACAAUGUGAAAAUCCAGGCACUGCUGUGAAUCAGAUAGCAGUGGGCAUGGAUUUUGGUUUAAGUUGUCCUGUAAAAGGCAAGUUCCCACAUGCAGGUCUCCAGUCACGUUGUCUGCAUUGGCACAGUGUGUGAGAACAUGGGGCGUCUGGAGAUAAUUCCUUUUUGGAAUUGUGGCAGAUUGACAGAUAAAACUUUGCUGAAUGGGAAAUCAACAAAUAAAUCUUACUAUCUAUUGUACUGAC